UCCGCCCGGCCAGGGGCGGAGCUGGGCCCGCCCGCUGGAUCCCGACAUGGCCGAGUAUUCCUGCGUCAAAUCCACCAAGCUCGUCCUCAAAGGGUCCAAAGAGAAGAGCAAGAAAAAGCACAAGGCAAAGAAAAGGAAAAGAGAAGAGGAUGCAGCAGAACAGCUCGAUAUUGUUGGAAACUGGUGGGCUGUCAGUAAUUUUGGUGAAAUUACGGGAACUAUAGCUAUAGAAAUGGAUAAAGGAGCUUACAUCCAUGCCCUCGACAAUGGCUUGUUUACACUUGGAGCACCACACAAAGGUGAUGAAGGCCCUAGUCCUCCUGAGCAGUUUACAGCAGUAAAGUUGUCUGAUACAAGGAUUGCUCUCAAGUCUGGUUAUGGCAAAUAUCUUGGUAUAAAUUCAGAUGGACUUGUUGUUGGACGUUCCGAUGCAAUAGGAUCAAGAGAGCAGUGGGAACCCGUCUUCCAAGAUAGGAAAAUGGCAUUACUAGCAGCGAACAGCCGUUUUAUUAGAUGUAAUGAAGAGGGGGACAUAGAAGCCAAAAGCAAAACUGCAGGGGAAGAAGAAAUGAUAAAGAUUCGUACUUGUGCUGAAAGAGAAGCUAAGAAGAAAGAUGAAGUUCCACAAGAAGACAAGGGAAACGUUAAGCAGUGUGAAAUCAAUUACGUGAAGAAAUUCCAAAGUUUUCAAGACAAAAAGCUUAAAAUAAGCAAAGAAGAUACAAAAGCCCUUAGAAAAGCCAGGAAAGAAGGCACUUUUCAUGAAAUGCUCCUUGACAGGAGAGCUAAAGUGAAAGCAGAUAGAUACUGCAAGUGACAUCCAUUUUCUUCUGCAACUUUGGUCUAUUUUCUUCUGCAACUUUGAUGGCAGUGUCAAAUUGAAAAAUAGAAAAAUAUUUUAUAAUUGUUUUUUUAUUUAAGGCAUUUUUUAAGUAUCUUCGGAAUUGUAUUAAAAUUUUCUCAAAUAUUAAUAAUGCAGCUAUAAAGUCUCGUUAACUGUAUUACUUGUGAAUACUUGGCCUGUGUUAAGGGAGUGGCUCCAACAAAAAUUAAAGGUGUAUCAAUUGAUGAUGGUAAGCUAUUUGCCAUGUAAUUUAAGCCCUGAGCGACAGACUGUACACUGAUUUAGAGAGAAAGCUCCUGGCUUUUAGUUGCCUUUAGGACAAAAUCUAGAAAUAAAUAGGUGAUUGUUGGCAAAUGUUCCUGGCCAGAGUCAGGAAUUACUGGAUAAAAAUGCAGCAUAGCUGUGAGGUGUGCUAUGGAAGAGAGGGAGAAAAAAAAGUUACUAAUUUUUUUCCAGAGCUCCUUAUUUUGGUCUAGGACUGGGGAUUAGGGCUCAUUAAGUAGUUGUAAGUACCAUGCUACAUGUCCUUCCCCAUAAAUGUGACUGAUGUACAAUGAACCAUUGGAAUAUCACGGUCCUGGAAAUGGCUUGCUGCCAAAACUAUUCUCAGAAACACUGAGAAAAAGACAGCACUGCAAGGCUGCAGGCCAGAGUAACUAUUUAUUGGAAGUUCAUUGCAGGUGUCAUUGAUUCACAGUCACUGUGAAUCUUAAAUAUGUCUAAGGUGAAUGCUGAUUGUGGAAGUAGAUUGAUAUUACAGCAUCUGCUUUUCUUUCAAGAAUAUAUUGUUUGAAUAAAAACUUGCCUGGUGGAACCCACAAAAAUGAUUACUCAAGCACAGAUACAUCUGGAAGCAGAAACAUGUGCUCUGGUGGGGAAGGUUGCUGAAAGGAUGCUCAGCAGCAGAAUAAGGGCCUGAGAAUUACUCAGUUCAUAUUAGUGUAAAUAGGAGAAUACAGUGAAUUGAAGUAGCUCUAGCAGUGAGUAAGGAAGUAAAAAGCAAUGGCAGAGCAAAUGCAAUGAGACUGUCUAUAGUAGGAGAGGAAGUACUAGAACUGGCAAGGGACUGGCAGCCUUGCAGAGAAUACGGGUAUUUUAGUAGCAUUAGGGUUGCCCUCUAUGUUGGGACUGAUGAUACACUGGAGUCUUGAGAAAAUAUGUUUUGAGAUAGCACAGAAAUGGGGAUCUGGGCAUUUCACAGUAGUGAAGAUCAGUGUGUAUAUUUAACUGUUGCUGUGAGGAGGCUAUUUGGAUGUUUUCCCGGUGGAGGUAUUCACAGAGUCAUCUUGAAGAUUCUACAUCCUGACAGUAGUGUUAGCACGAGGAGCUUUAAUUUAACUGAAACAGAGAAAACAGGAGGAAGUAAUUUGGGUAGCCUCUACUUAGAGCGGGAAGGAACAGAUCUGGAGAGUGGUAGUGCAGUACUGGAUAGAUGAGUAUGAGAGAGCAGAAGGGUAGAUGUAGGUGUUAAAUAUCAUUGAGUACAGUUAGCAAGCCAGGCCUAAGGUGCUGGUGUGGACCCUGAAGGCAAGGCAUUGUGAUAGGAGCACAGCAGAAUAGCCAUAGUCAGAGAAAGUGACUGGUGCUGUAAGAGAACUGUUUCUUAAACUGAGAAUUUCUUUCCUGGUGAAAGAGGCCUCAAAAAAGUACACCGUGUAGUGUGACAAUGGCAUCAUUUUGUCUUCAGAGCAUUUGGAAAGAGUUCUUAAUUUUCCAAAGUCGUUAUUUUCUCCUGUUAAAAAUGUACUAAAGGCAGUAAAGCAUCUAGACGAAGAUAAUGAAGUCCCUAACAGCUGUCUGCCCCAGAUAUAAAGGAUGAGCAAAAAGGGUUACAGAUCUUCAGAAAAUAACAGGACCAACUUAAUCAGAUUCUCUUACCAUAGCCCAUACUAUUCUAUUCAGAUACCUGGAAGUAAACACAGGAUUAUUGUCUUACACAUAUUUGCAACUGAAAAUAUUUUCCAGACUCUAGAAACUGCCUGAUCUUUUUGAAGAACACUCCAUGAAAAUCUUAAGGUUUAUCCUGUUGCACUGUAAUUUUCCUCAGUUUCUAAAGCCACAGAUGGUUUCUGUAUCUUCUUUUACCAGUGCUUAAUUUUUUUCUGCCUUGGUCUCUAAAGCUCUGUGCAAUUCCCAGCUUCUGCUCUGAGCUGGCUCCUUCCUACACUGUUGCACACUCUCCUCCCAAGGCUUUCCCACACUACAGUUCAUUUUUUAUCCUUUCCUGUUUCUUAAUUUUUGCAGCUCCAUGCAGCUUUCCAAUCAACCUUCUGCCAAGGACUUCCCCUCUUUUUCUUACCACCUCCACCUGGUUUUGUAAGAGAGUAAAUUGCACAGGCAAUUAAGUAAUGGUAUAAAGACUACAUCACUUCUUUUCUGUGUGCCUAAAAACAUGUGGCAUGUCUUUGGCACUGAACAGAGCACAUGAGACAAGCUUAAACACAGGCAUCCUGGAAGGUUUUAGGUACUUUUUCAUGGUGCUUCCACAAUUGUUGCCAGUGUACACACUCAUGAAGCAUUCAUUUGCUCACACUAAAAUGAUAAUGCUCAUACUACAAUGACAGUUCACACCUAAUUUGGCUGCUGGUUUGUACUUGAUGUUACAACAGCCUGGUCUAGUGGAAGGUGGCUCUGUCCAUAGCAGGGGGCUUGGAACUGGAUGAUCUUUAAGGUCCCUUCCAGCUCAAACCAUUUUCCAAUUUUAUGAGAUAAGAUACCAUUUAAAUAAUAACUAGAAGGCAGGGUCCUUAUAGACAUGUGCAUCUCAUGCUGUGUGUUUCUCAUUAGUCUGUCUCCCCAGCUGCCCACUUCCUGAACUCCUAAGCCACAAGAUGGAGAAAAAUCCUUCCUCAAGAAUGCACCUGCCUGGCAUCUUUCAUUACCACUGAUGCUCGAAAGAUAUACUGGAAAUAAAUCCCCAUAGACUGA